AUGGUCCCAUGGACGACCAUUUCGGGCGGUAAGACAGCGGAAGACGACAAGCGGAUGAAGAUAUUGCCGGAGAACACAUCAGACAGCGAGUUGGAGUACCUGGGCGAUCCUGCCGCACUUUCCACUCCCGUAGCCUCCUCGCCCCUGGCCCAGGCGAUUGCCCGGGAAGCAAGCCUUGAUCUUCAUCUGGAGACGGGAGGAGCUGGAGCGCCCCAACCUUCUCGCCAGUCCGCAGGCAUGCCAGACUCCGAUCGGGCGACACCUCUUCCACCGUCCAUCAAAUCCGGGAUCAACGAGGAUCUUUCCACGACGGCAGGCCUUCUGCAAGCGGCUGCCAUAGUUUGGUCGCUUGGGAGGCGGUACGAUGGUGCGAAGACAGGAGGCCACGUGGGAGAGGAGGGAGAUGAGGUGUCGCCUAUGGUAAUGGCUGCCUCACUGGAGGUCUUGGAGGCCCUCAAACUCAUCGUGAAGAACUCACCACUGGAAUGCUUCCUGCGCGGAGUAGGAGAAUUGACCACGAACGUCGGGCCCGACCUACCGAACUUGACCACAUCCCCUCCAGCCGAAGAGGGAGAAGCUUUGACCACAGGCAUUGGGACCAACUUACCGGACUCUGUUACAUCCCAUCCGGCUGCACUUGGGGAAGCUUUCCGCAGGCAGUGUCUGGCGGGAGUGUAUCGCUUGAUCAUGGAUGCUGCACGGUUCAACGCCAAAGCGAAUGAGGGGGCUAUGGACGACAUGAGAGCUCUGAACACCACCUUGAUGCAAGCGACCAACUAG